AUGCAAUCCUCGGCCGCUCAUGGGCUUGCCAAGUUAGCCCCCCAAAGGGCUGAGGAAGGAGUCGUCCAAACUGGUUUCGACACGUGGCCAGAAGAGGACGACGAAACUUUCGAUGUCUCAAGGCCCACUGGUUCUCGGACCCGGGGGUUUGCCUCUCCUCAGAAAACUAGAUUUGCUGCGGUCCCUUUGGAAGAUAACGAGAUCUCUUCGGAGAAUUGGCUGGAAAAGUGUAGAUCUGCAUCCCGGCAGGGAGAGCUCAUGAGAAGCCGAAGCUCGUCUUUUGACUCCCAUUCGCACCCAGUUGGUAGCCCCACGAAUUUAGAGUACUGGGGGGACGAGCUGGGCUUUGCACCCGGGGAAGAAACCCCAGACGUGACCGGUUCACGGGAAAGCUUCUGGACUGAUACUAAGGUGGAAGACGAAGAAGCAACUUGGAAGGAGGAAGCUCCGGCCAGGGGAAAGGAAAGGCAGUGGUUGAGGCGUCGUCUUCCGGGGGGGAAGUCUGUUAAAAUUGCUCUGGCUGAUGGUGGGGGAAAGUAUGCCUCUGUAGAAAAGGCGGAGGGCAGGGUUGUACAGAGCAUCAUACGGUUUGGAAAGAAGCCGACGCUUAUGCUGGUCUACGCGCGGCUUAUGGCACUUGAACCUGUGAACUAA